GUUGUGCAAUUUUUUCACAACACAAGACCAAACAUUUCAUUGGUACAUGGUGGCUUGUUUUUUGUAUGUACAUAUUUCUCUGACAUUGUAUUGUAUUUCUGUGUGUUGUAUUUUGCAUAUUUAUUUUCAUUUAUAUAUUUUCCAUGCGCAUUUUAAAAACAGAAUUUGCUGUUUUCAAUAAUUGAUACAUCGUCACAUCAAAAGCUAAGCAAGCGUCGGGCUCCACUCGCGCCACAGUUCGUCAUGAAUUCUUGGGUAAACGAGUACCCCGGCAUGCCGAACCAAUUCGGUAUACCCAUGAACCAAAUGAUGGGGAUGAUGCCCAAUCCAAUGGUGAUGAUGCAAGAAAUGCCCCAGCAAAUGAGUGGUAACCAGCCGCCUGAAAACGUGCCUCCUCUUAUCGGUCCUGUUGCGCCAGAAGGUUUCGUGGCAGGCAACAGUAAUGAUGCAAAUGAUAAGGACGGGGAUGACAAUGCUAAACUACAACAUGAAAAGACUCAGAGAAGCUCUAAUCGUAACGAUAACAGAAGAGAUCGAGAUUUUCGUGAUAGAGACCGUGGCCGAAAGCGUUCCAGAUCUCGUGACCGGAAUGAAAGGAUGGGAAGGAACAGGGAUGACAGGAGUCGUCGCCGCACCAAAUGGGAUAAUGGGCAAAGUCAGCCAAUACCUGAUCAGGGAAUCAGUCCAGGAAUGAACCCGGUUAUAAAUCACGGAAUGAAUCCUGGUAUGACUCCCGGAAUGAAUCCUGGGAUGAAUCCUCCAAUGGCAAAUAUGAUGAUGCCCGCAGGCAUGAUGCCAUUCAACAGCAACAUGAUGGGGCAGCCGCCAAUGGACAUUCAAAAUGCUGGCAACAUGCCAAACAUGUCGCACAUGGGCAACAUGGGCCCCAUGCCCAACAUGCCAAUGCCCGGCAUGAACAUGAUGCCAGGCAUGAACAUGAUGCCCGGUAUGAAUAUGAUGCCAAACAUGAUGGAUCAGAACAUGAUGAUGAUGAUGCAGAAUCAACCCAUAUACGUGGCCGAUGGAGUCCUACUUCCACCUAUACCGGGUUCGUCGACACCUAACCGUAGAGAAAAACCAGACGGCUGCAAGACGAUAUUCAUUGGUGGUCUACCGAAUGGCAUUAGGCAAGAGAUUAUAACUGAGUUGUUUCAACGUUUCGGUAAUAUUAUCGGUGUGAAGUUACACAGGCAGGGUGUAUGCCAUGUGCGUUAUGAGAAACAUGAGAGUGUUGAAGAGUCGUUUGUGAUGACCGGAUGGCGAUUCAGAUAUUCAGAUCAGUCGGAUAAUGAAGCAACUACGCUGUUCAUUGAUUACGCUUUGAACCGCGAGGACCAAGCUGAGUUCGAGCGUAACAAGCGCAGACGCGAGCCGACGCCGCCUCGAGUGGAAAUGUUCAGUCCGGCCUCGCUCACCGCAAUCUGUGAGAAGAUCAAGACAGACGACCAGUUUGCUGAGGCCGCACCUACAUUGGCCGCAUGGCUGGAACGUGGGGAAUGCAACAAGAAAAACGCGAACACUUUCUAUUCGCUAAUCCAAGCCAGCAAUAACCAAACUCGACGGCUUUUCAACGAGAAGAUGUCCUUAGAUGAAGACAUUGAGAAGAUGAAAACUCAGCUCCGAGAGAAAUUCUCGCUUAUCAUCGGGCAAUUCGAGAACAUCGCGAAAAUAUUGACAGCGGCGAAACACCAACGGGUCUCCGACCACUUCAACAAACAGCAGAGGAAGAAUAUCGAGAUGUGGCUCAAAAUGACUGAGGAGGUAAAUAACAUGAAGGAAGAAUUCAAUUCUCUCUUUGACGAGGAAGAAAAUGAAAAGCCAAGCAGAAACUCUGUAUCUCUGGAGAAAUAUGAACAGCUUAAGGCGGAAAAUGAAAACUUAAUGUUCGAGCUGGAAGGGUACAAGAACGAGGCGUACCUCGCUAAAGACGAGGCGGAGAGGAAAUUCGAGAAGUUCAAAGCGCACUUCAUCGCUCAGAACGCACUGCAGAACAAACAGCAGUACCCGCCUCUGCCCCCGCCACCGAUGCCAAACAUGAUGAUGUCUCCGGCGCCCGCGCAGAAACCCAAACCCCCACCGCCGUUGCCUGAUGACGACAAAUACAUGACUUCAGGUCCCACGGUACUGCCCUCAGAAGCGAAGCUGAUCAGCGUCCUGACUUCAUUCCUCCUGGUACAUCCACUGGGAGCCUCUCUGGACUAUAUCGUGUCAUAUGUCAGAUCUAUACUGCCCAACAUAAGCCGUGCCACAAUCCAGGAGAUCUUGCGGAGACAUUCCGAUGUGUAUAGGAAUAUGGGUAGUAAUCAUGACAGCAAAUGGACCUUUGUUAUGUUUGAUAUUAUAAAGAAGGAGUAAGAGAGCAGUUUUGUUUGUAUCUAAAGGUUUUAAGACUAGCAUUUGACUGCGGUUUUGACAGCGAAAAUGAAUAGAAUUUUUAAAGCUGUCAUGUAAAAUGUUUACAGGCAUACAUACAUUCAUAAAAUCACGCCUUUUUCCCGGAGGGGUGGCAGAGACUACAUCUUUCCAUUUGCCACGAUCUCUGCAUACUUCUUUCGCUUCAUCCACAUUCAUAACUCGCUUCAUGCAAGCUCGGCGGUUUCGGGUACUCUUGACCUGACUUUUUGCCAGGACGUCCUUAAUUUGAUCACAUACGUUCAUCUAGGCAUUCCCACUCCGAUCAUUUCCUCCCACACUCUCCUUAUAUAUUUGUUUUUUCAACCUGCUUUCAUUCAUUUUCUAUUCCUGUAACUUCAUCUUCUUUCACAUCACAACAUUUCCUUAUCACGCUGUUCAUUAUCCGGUCACUCAAUUUCACACCCAUCAUACUCCUUAACGCUCUCAUUUCUACAGCAUUUGUUCUGCUUUCGUGCUUCUUUUGCCACACCCAACUUUCACUUCCAUACAUUAAUGUUGGGACCAACACGCCCUUAUGCCCAUUCACCAUGUUACUUAAAGACAAAUAUAAUGACGCGACGGAUGAAUAUCUAAAUAUAUUAGCACAUUACGGUUAUACUCCUGGACAUAAUUACCGAACGAGAGAACACAGAAAUCUAGAUCACUGCAUGAUUAAAUCAACGUUUUCCUCUACUACUGUGGUUUGCCACGCCGAUAUUACUGAUCAUAGCACUGUAUUAUGUAGUCUUAACACAUCUUUAGAACACGAAGAUCACAGCUACAAAAGCACUAAAAUAGAUUUCGAUGCUCUUCUAAAUACCAUCAAAGACGUUGAUUGGACUGAUUUUUACCAGAUUAAUGACCCUAAAGAGGCUAUAAAUUACUUUUUGAAUGUCAUGAACAGUGCUCUUGAAAAACAUAAAACAACACGAAAAAUUACUAGUCGUAAUGUUAUACGUAAAAAAUGGAUUACUCCGGGUUUAUUAAAAUGUAUUAGACGUCGAGAUGAACUUCAUAUGAAAACAAAAAAAUUUCCUGAUGACUCUGAUCUACUAAACCAUUAUAAAUCCUAUAGGAAUUAUUGCAACAAUAUACUUCAAAAUUUAAAAACCGAACAUGACAAAGCAAAAAUUUUAGAAAAUAAAACAGAUAUUAAAAAAUUAUGGGACUCAGUUAAAUCUAUAUGUCAUAUUAAAACUACAAAAAAUAAAAGUGAAAAACUACUUCAAAUUAAACGUGACUCCUUUGAAUCCUUGAAUGUAGUUAAUGAUUAUUUUAGUUCUAUAGGGGAAAAACUUGCAAAUAAUAUUCUAGAUAAAAGCGGACAAACUGAAAUAGACCUAGCUAAAAAAUUUAAAUCUAAAACCGAUUCAACAACCCCCCAUUCAUUAUUUAUGACACCUACAAAUGAAAUAGAGGUAACUAAAUUGAUCACAUCGCUUAAAUCUAGUUCAGCAACCGGACAUGACAAUCUUAGCAACAAUAUAUUAAAAAAAGCCAAGAAAUUCGUAGCAAAUCCAAUUGCGCAUAUCUGUAACUUAAGCUUGUUGUCGGGUACUGUUCCCUCUGAAUUAAAGGUUGCAAAUGUUGUUCCUAUAUUUAAGUCUGGAGAUCUUCUACUACCGGAGAACUAUAGACCCAUAUCUCUGCUAAGCGCACUGUCGAAAAUUAUUGAGAAAGUGGUUAAUUCGAGACUCUUAAGCUACUUGGAGGCAGGGGGACUGUUGGCCGAGAACCAGUACGGCUUUCGUUCAGGCAAAUCCACGGAGGAUGCAGUAACUGAUUUGGUUACACAUACCAUUGAAAAAAUCGGUGAGGGACAAAAAUGCGUCGGUGUCUUUCUGGAUUUUGCUAAAGCUUUUGAUACUGUUUCUCGGCCAAUACUCCUCUGCAAGCUAGAAAAACUUGGCAUAAGAGGGAUUGCUCUAGAGUGGUUCCGCUCAUACCUUUCUGAACGUAAACAGAGAAUCUCCUUAGAGGGCUGCUGUAGUAACUAUGCUGACAUUAGGUUCGGAGUGCCGCAAGGCAGCGUUUUGGGUCCUACACUCUUUCUCGUUUACAUAAACGACCUGUGUUCCAUGAAAAUGACAAAUGCAAAAAUUUUUACAUAUGCUGAUGACACCGCAAUCGUCUAUCAUGACGAAUCAUGGGACCGGGUCCAUACUGUAGCUCAGAGAGGGCUUCAGGAUGUACAUGUAUGGCUGCAAAGUAACCUUUUGAGUGCAAAUGUUGGUAAAACUAAAGUUGUCUCAUUCAAAAUUAGUAACAGAACAGGUCCAAAUAAAUCUCUAAAACUUCGUCUUCAUAGUUGCCAACAAGAAUGUCAAUGUGAGAAUCUUGAGGAGGUUAAAACGAUCAGAUACUUAGGAGUUAUCAUUGAUGAUAAAUUUAAUUGGUCUGCACAGGUUGAAGCAGUUUCUAAACGUCUAAAAAAACUCAUGCAUAUAUUUAAAAGGUUAAGAUCUGUUGCUGACCAUGAUAUUAUUAAACUAAUAUAUUUGAGUUUAUGUCAAUCAGUAAUCUGCUACUGUAUAGUGGUAUGGGGUGGAGCUCCAAAAACUUUUAUAUUAAAACUAGAAAGAGCUCAACGAGCCAUUCUAAAAAUAGCAUAUAGUCGUCCCAGAAGAUACCCAACUAAAAAACUUUAUUCAGAGCGUCAGCUCCUUAGCGUGCGUCAAUUGUAUAUAUCAGCAACUAUUCUACGUUUUCACAAAAAUGCCAUGAAAUUAGCAAGAAAAUUCUAUAGAGGUUACAGAUGGGACUAUCCAAAAAUCAAAACAGUCUUCGCGCGUAGGUCAUUCAAAUUUAUGGGUCCAUACCUAUAUAAGAAAAUUUACAGGGUGGAUAAGACCAUUGUCAAAAUGACUAAAUUAAGAUGUAGACGUACUGUAUGCAAGUGGUUAAUGACUAAAAACUACAAUGAGACGGAGAACUUGUUACUUAAUGUCAUAUGAAAUUAUGCAUUAAAAAAAAAAAAAAAAAAAAAAAUAUAUAUAUAUAUAUAUUUUAUGUAUAAUAUAUAUAAUGUAUAAAACAUAUGUUUAAUAUAUAUAAUAUAUAUUUUAAAUAUUUGCAUGUUGUUAUGUAUAUAUGUAUUACAUGUAUUUCUAAUGUACAUAUUUAUAUUUAUUGUGUUUAUUUAUUUAUUUAUUACAAUUAUAUGUAAGAAUACUUUACAAUUACUAUUUAACGUACGCUCUCAUCCACAAAAAACACAAAUUAAAAUUGUUUAAUAAAUUUAAGGGGAAGACACUGGUCGCCACGACACAGGGAAUCCUAGUGUGACGGUCAGUGCAACUGUUGUAGAAAACUCUGUAUUUUUUGUACUGAAUAAAACAUUUUUCAUUUUUUUUUUUUUUUUAUGUUCCCCGCUUUCUCUCCUCUCCUUUCAAUAUCACUAUCACACUUGCCAUCUGAUGUUAACUUUGAUCCAAGAUAUACAAACUCUUUCACUUGCUCAACUUUUUCUCCUCCAAUCAAAAUAUAACAUGUUGUAAUUUCCUUCUCCAUUUCAAAAACUGUGAUGUUUAAUGUUUAUAAGAGAGCAUUUUAUGAGAGGAUCAUGUGUUUUGUAAAUGUAAGACUAGAAUUAAAACGAGGUUUCACUUGUGUUCCUCAAAAUGAAUGAAAGUUUAAAAAUAAAGCUAUCAUUUUUGAUGGAAUUAAUGUUGAUUUUGUUUAGUAAAUAAGUAUACUGGUAAAAAAAAAUGGGCAUUUGUCUUAAUAGUAAGCUUUUGCCCGCGGUUACUUUUUUUUAAGAUUUUUAAUGUACAGAUUUUACCCGUCUGCAUAUUUUAAUCUUCAUUUCCAAAUGAGACGUUUAUAUAUGAGAAGUAAAACAUUAGUUAUGUAAUUAAAAAAGGAUAGUAGAUUUGUUGUGUUGUGUUGCAAAAAUAUGAAGGACUUUUUUUCGAAUGAAAAAUAAAAUAGGUUAUAAUGUGCCGUGUGGUUCCCGGCACCAAUAUAAAUAAGAAUAGGACCACUUCAUCUCUUUCCCAUGGAUGUCGUUAAGGGUGACUAAGGGAAUAAAGCUUGGGAUUCUUCUUUUAGGCGAUAGGCUAGCAAACUAUUUGAAUCUCAAUUCUAUCUAUAAGCCUAUCAGCUGAACGUGGCAUAUCAGUCUUUCAAGACUUCAAGUCUUCCGCGCAAGCGAUUUAGACGUUAUUAUAUGAAUGAAAAGGGUAGAAGAUAGGCUUUUACUGUGCUUUUUCCUAUAGCUUUACCCAUGUGAUAAAAAUGUAGCAAAUUCGUAUUGUAUUAAGUAUACUUAUCCGUUGUAUCCGUGUAUCACGGAAUUUUUCAUAGUAAAAAGGGCAGUCUUAUUUUAAAUGAUCAAGCUAAAUUUUAUCGGCUUUAGUUGUAUUUCUCUGUAUCUAAUGUAUAUUUUCCUAAAAAUUCACACUAUAGUUGUAUUUUUCAAUAAAUAAUAUUUUACGAAUUA